AUGUUGCGGGCGUUGAGAGGCACCGCAGAGUACGUCUACGACGUUACGUGUGGGUAUUCCGGACUCACGGCCGACGACUACGGCGAGGAAGUGUUCACUUUGAAAGCGUACUAUCUCAAGGGAUACGGGCCCUCGGCGAUCAACUACCACAUUCGGGCAUUUGCUAUCAAAGAUAUUCCUUUGGGAGAUGACGACCUGGUGGAUAUAGACAACGUGUCGCCUGAAACGUUGAAAGCGUUUGAAAACUGGUUGCUUGACGUGUGGUACGAAAAGGACGAGCUUAUGAAAGAGUUCUUCGAGAAGGGCCUGUUUGCCAAAGCUCUGACUCUCUCGUCCCAAGCCCACACUGUGGUUGCGGACUUUAAGCUACGGUCUCGAUUCGAAGUGGUCGGUGUAUUUGUUGCGGCGGCUACAGCCCUAAUCUUGGGUCGCCUUGCUUUGAAAUUGUUCUGGAAACUCAUUUAG